GGGUCGGCUUGCUGCCUGUUUCCGGUGCUGUUUGUCAGCCGAUAUGAGUUCCAUCCUGGAUGAGUACGAGGAUUCACAGGCCCGGGCCUGCUUUCGGCCUUCUGGGUUUCCGUGUCAACAGCACCGGCUGGGAAGCACAGGAAUUGGACAGUCCGGCUAUGUCAGCGCCCGACUGGAAGAGGAAAAGCCCAUCUUUUCCAAGCAGAGAAUUGAUUUCACUCCUCCUAGUGCAAUCACCCACCUAGUGGUGUGCAACAAUCAGCUCUGCAUGAGUAUGGGCAAGGACACACUGCUCAGGAUUGAUCUUGGAAAACCAGACCAGCCAAACCAGGUUGAAGUGGGGCGCAAGGAUGAUGCUCGGAUCCACAAACUGUUCCUGGAUCCCUCGGGGUCUCACCUCCUGAUCAGCCUCACCUCCAAUGAGUGUCUCUACCUCAACAGAAAUUCUCAUAAAGUGAAGAGCCUCUCUCGCUGGAAAGGACACUUGAUUGAGAGCGUUGGGUGGAACAAAUAUCUGGGCAAUGAGAGCAGCACAGGCCCUAUCCUGGUGGGAACCAGCCAGGGUCAGAUGUAUGAAGCAGAGAUUGUUGUGUCAGAAGAGCGGCUCUUCAUUUCGAGUCCUGACCAGCAUUUCAAGAAUGUGUACAAUCUGGAGGAGGAUGGGUCCCCUGCUCCAGUCUGCUGUCUGGAGAUUGAGCGAAGUGCUGACGCCCGGCUCUUUGUCAUCGCCACCACACGGAAGCGUUUGUAUCAAUUUGUGGGCAAGGCUCCAGAGAGCCCUGAUCCACACAUGUUUCAGCCCAUGUUCAGUCAGUAUACCAACACUUUGCCCAGCUUCCAGGAGUUCCCAGCAAGCCUGGGCUAUAGCGAGAUCUCUUUCUACACCUCUAAGCUGCGGUCUAGCCCUCGAUCAUUUGCCUGGAUGAUGGGCAAUGGCGUACUCUAUGGCACCUUGGACUUCACCCGGCCUGAUUCCCUUCUAAGUGAUGUACAGGUCUGGGAGUACCCAGGUGACAUCGCCCCUGAGCUUGAGCCCCCCCGGUCCAUCGUCCUCACCCAGUUUCACUUCCUACUGUUGCUUCCUGAUAGAGUGAAGGCCAUUUGCACACUGAAUGGGCAGCUUGUCUUUGAGGAUGUGUUCGCUGACAAGUUUGGCCACCUCCUCCGUAUGGUCAAAGAUUCAGUGGCUGGGCUGAUAUGGAUAUACACGGAGAAGGCAGUGUUCCGUUAUCACAUUCAGAAGGAAUCGCGGGAUGUCUGGCAGAUGUACAUGAACAUGGGGAAGUUUGAACUGGCUAAGGAGUAUUGCAAAGACCGGCCUGAGUGUCUGGACACUGUUCUUGCUAAGGAAGCAGAUUACUGCUUUCGAAACAAAAAGUAUGUGGAAAGUGCCAAGUACUAUGCACUGACUCAGAAGUAUUUUGAGGAGAUCGCUCUUAAGUUUAUUGAAGCCAAGCAAGAGGAGGCCCUGAAGGAGUUCCUUCUGAAGAAGCUGAAUAACCUGAAAUUGGAGGACAAGACACAACUGACGCUACUGGUGACUUGGCUUGCUGAAAUCUACCUAAACUGGCUGGGCACUCUUGAGACAGACAAAGACAAGAAGAACCAAUUUGAGGCAACCAGGGAGGAGUUCCGCAAGUUCCUGAGUGGCUCCAAGAUAAAGGAGUGUCUCUUAAACAAUCGCUCAACUAUCUAUGACCUCCUCGCCAGCCAUGGCAAUGUGGAGGACAUGAUCUUCUUCUCUGUGAUUAUGCAGGACUACGAGCGGGUGGUGGCCCACCACUGCCAACAUGAUGGUUACAGUGCAGCUCUGGAGGUCAUGUCCAAGUGCCAGGACCCUGCUCUCUUCUACAAGUUUUCUCCUGUCCUCAUGCAGCAUAUUCCCAAGCAGGUGGUAGAUGCUUGGAUCAACAUGAGGAAGAGGCUGGAUCCCAAAAACCUCAUCCCAGCCUUAGUUAACUACAGCCAGAUUGGGAGCUCGGCGCAGGUCUGUGAAGCUAUUCGUUACCUUGAAUUUUGUGUACACCAACUGGAAGUGACAGACCAGGCCAUUCACAACUACCUGCUGUCUCUCUAUGCCAAGUACAAGCCCAAAGCCCUACUUUGGUACCUGGAACAGGCGGGCUCUAAUGCAGACUGUAUCCACUAUGACCUCAAGUAUGCACUACGUCUCUGUGCAGAGAAUAAACAGACAGAGGCCUGUGUGCACAUAUACAAGACCAUGGAACUGUAUGAGGAGGCGGUGGACCAUGCUCUCCAGAUGGAUGUGGACCUUGCUAAAUCAUGUGCGGACAUGCCAGAGGAUGAUGAAGAGCUCCGAAAGAAACUGUGGCUGAAGAUUGCCCGGCAUGUGGUUCAGGAGGAGAAGGAUGUGAAGAAGGCCAUGGUGUGCCUGUCCAGCUGCAACCUGUUAAAGAUUGAAGAUAUUCUACCCUUCUUUCCCAACUUUGUGACCAUUGACCAUUUCAAGGAAGCCAUCUGCAGUUCUCUGCAGGAGUACAACAAGCAUAUUGAUGAGCUCAAGCAGGAGAUGGAGGAGGCAACUGAAAGUGCCAAGCGAAUCCGCGAGGACAUCCAAGAAAUGAGGAACAAAUACGGGGUGGUGGAGUCUCAGGAGAAGUGUGCAUCAUGUGACUUCCCACUGUUGAACCGUCCUUUCUAUCUGUUCCUUUGUGGCCACAUGUUCCAUUCUGACUGUCUGCUGCAGGAAGUCAUGCCCCACCUUUCUCAGUUCAAACAGAAUAGACUGGAGGAGCUGCAGAGAAAGCUGGUUGCAGCUGCUCAGACUAAAUCCCGGCAACGCUGCAAGGAAGGAGAAGCCAAUGACCGGGGUCAGCAGUCCCGUGACCAGAUCAAGUCAGAUAUUGAUGACCUUGUGGCAGAUGAAUGUAUCUAUUGUGGAGAACUGAUGAUUAAAUCAAUAGAUAAACCAUUUAUUGACCCACUGAAAAGUGAGGAAGAGAACUGCUGGCUGUGAGUGUGUUUCUUGUGCUCAUUAUUAUUGUCCCUUAUGGCUGCUCUUUGCCUGAAACACCACUGCCUGGGAUUUCAAGGGUUCACUGCUAUGCUUUGUGAUUGUAAUUUUUGCUUCUAUUCUACAGCUUGUGUAGAUAGCUCUAGUAGGAAAUAAAUGGAUACAUGUAUAAAGGUUUGUGUGCUCAUUCUGCUAUUUGUAGAGCUGGGUGUGUAACCUUAAAAUGGAAGUCUGUGUUGCUUGUGCACAUGUUUCAAGAAGCAGUUAUAUUGUUUUUGGGCCAUAAUUAGGGGUGAAAACAGGAGCAGGACUGAAUUUUGAUCAGCUGUGAUUAUAUUAAAGCAUGGACCAACCCAACAACUCUAUAUCAAACUACAAUCACAGUGCACUUCUGCUCUCAGAACUGAUAGCCUUGGACCAUGGUGGGAUAGUAUCAUCUCAGCUUGCCAGUGUCCUUUUUAAAAAAACUGAGUCAGAAAAGAAUUAGUUACAACUAUAUCUUGUGUCUUUUUUAAAAAAAAAUCACUUUAAUAUCCAUGGAUCCUGCACUGGAAUGAGGUGGGGAGUUUAAUGGUAUGUCUGUGAGCCAAUAGUUGUGUACAAAAUGCAGGCAAAUUCCUCCUGUUUUGCUAAGUGGCUGGUCCAGUGAUGUAUUUUGCAUUGGUAUUAACUUUUCACAUGAAUAUCCCAACUAUUGAUAGAUCAAUAUUCUCUCCAUGGAUGCUGCCUGACCAGUGGAGUUCUUGCAGCAUUUUUUGCAUGGUGCUCUUGUUUUUAAUAACUAAUCAUUUAAGAAAGCUGAAUCUAGAACCUUUUCAUCAUGGUUUCAUGAAUAGCAAAUCUCAAAUGUGCUCAAGUUCUUUCUUAAUAAGACAAGGGGAGUUGCUAAAUGGGAAGCUGUAGAUGUGAUGUAUUGGCUUUCCAAAAAGAAGUGAUAAGUGCAUCAAGAAUGCAGCUUUGGAUGAAGUAUGCUACAGCACAGAAACGGCCUUCUGCUCAAAAUUAUGAGUUGCCUACCUGAGCCAAUUCACCUGUAUUUGGCCAAUAUCCCUCUAAACUGUUCCUAUCCAAUUAAAUGUUGCAAUUGUACCCGUCCAUCACUUCUGCUUUAUAACUCUUUCCACAUAGCCACCACUUUGUUGUUAAUUCAGUAGAGCAUACAAUAACACACCAUUAACAAUUAUUAGUCAUAGUUAAAGCAAUUCAAAGAUUUGCUACAUUCGUUUAAUUAAUUACUAUCUUUACAGUUUCACAACAUCUUCAGUUACUUUGACCUAGAUAUUUUUGGAUAUCCCCACACUUGAAGAACCAGAGUGUGGGUUCCAUCUUGAGUGUUUGAGUACCUGACUCAGGAACUUCUUUUUCAGUGGUUAGUCUCCAGAGUCACUGCUGCUGAUGAUCUCAUAACAAAAGAUACCUCUUUGUGUGUUCCUUUACACACCUCGUUUGUUAUUGCAGGUUUAUACAGCUGUAAUUCCACUUCUUAUCUAUAUGACUUUGUUUCCUUAACUACAAAGUCCUGCUAGUGUCAUGCUACAAUAGUUGUUUGUUUACUUGAGCUUUUGUAUUUCAUCAAAUUGUCCAUUCCACAAGAUUCAUUCCUAACACAUUCUGGGAUGUUUACAGUGGAUAGUUCAUGGGAUGUAAACAUAAAAUCAGGGAUUGGUUAGUCAAUCUUCCAUCACUGUUUCUUCCGUUUCCUGGGUUCCCAAUGACACUUCCUAGCCCACUGUCCCAGACCGCAUGACAUCUUAGCAUAGAUUGCAAAAUGGCUGACUCAUCAAAGAGGGUUGGAAUAUAUAGAUCUUUUUUCAGAUCGGAAGGGUGUAACCAGGGGUUAGUUCUUAGAUCAUAAUUGCUCUUUAUAUUCAUGACCUAGAAGGAAGGAACAAGAUGUAAAGGUUGCAAAUAAAAUGGGAAUAGAAGGGCAUUCUGUGACUGAACUACUGCCACAACCUAUGGACUCAUUUUCAAAGUCUCUUCAUCUCAUGUUUUUAUAUUUAUUGUCUAUUUAUUACUUGUAUCUGUAGUUUGUUGUCUUGUGCAUUAGUUGUUUGUCCUGUUAAUUGCGAAUGCCUACAAGAAAAUGAAUCUCAGGGUUGUAUAUAGUGACAUAUUUAUAUUUUGAUAAUAAAAGUACUUUGAAAAGA